GAAUUCCCUGAAAUGGUAAAAAGAGGACAAGGAUCAAAUGAUCUCCUGCUGGUUCUUCUUCUUCUGAGCACUUCAAGGAGUUCUUGUCCCAGUUGGCUUUAAGAAAAUGUAGAUUAAAGUUAAUUCUUUAAAAACUAUCUAUGGCUUCAAGUGUCAGACUUUAUCAACUGUUUAACAGGCUGGAAACUCUUAAUACUUCUGCAAAUAUAAUAAGUCUAUAACUAAUCAGCUGAUUUAUUUCAGUAUUUAGAUUAUAACACCAGUUUACUGGGUUUAUGCCCCAAAAAUAUAUGGAUACAAAUUUAGUCAUGAUAAAAACAUACAUUUGGACUUUUCAUCUUAUAAUUUUGGCUCAUAGUUUGUCUCCUAACUUUCACUUUUACUUUCUUAACUUUGACUUUUUGUUUCAUAACUUUGACCUAGUAAACUAAAAUGCUAUUUUCUCAUCAUUACUUUUCAUCUUUUUAUCUUAUUUUUACUGUUUAAAAUGAGCUCCCGUAGUGUUUUCUAGAUCCGUAGUUCCCAACCUUUUCUACCUGUGACCCCUUAAAAAAAUGCAACGUCUUGCAGCCUUUUAACACCAGUUUAAACUAUUGUCCUGUUUUAUUUAAAUGACAUUCUGCUGCCUGAGGAAAUAAAAUUAUUCAGUAAUUCACAUGAGAAAAGAGAAGAAAAAGUCUGACAAAGUAGAAAAUUCAUGAGGGAGAAAUAUGUUUUUGUUUUACUAAUAUUAUGUGGGAACCAAAAUAAAUAAAUCAAAAAUAAAUAUACAUUUUAAUGACCAAACCAAAAAUAUUAAACUCACACUUAAGAUCUUAUUUUGUUAUGGCCAAAGUCAUCUUUAACGUGACUGAUGAGUCAUCUUUAAGACGACUGAUGACGACUGAUGAGUCAUGUUAAACUGCUGCUGCUGGCUCAGGUUGUUUUUAUUUGUUCAUGAGUCAGCUGUCGCAGCAGUCAGUGAGUAUAUAGAAACAGAUCACUUCUUGGAAAGAGGAAGAAUUAUAAGUUGUCCUCUUCAUCGUCAACAAGUGCCGGUUAAGUUUUCACACGUUUGUGAGGAUUUCAGACAUCGACGAAGUUGUAGAUUCACAACAUGUAGUUUAUUUAAAUGAAUGUAAACUUCCUCUUUGUUAUUUUAGUUUGUAUGUAACAGUUCCUCUUUUCCUCUUGUCAAAACACUACUGCCAAAGUGAAAGUAUUUUGAUGUUAAAGAAGGUUAUUAUACCACUGAUGCACCAUUCAAAACAACUGUUAACCAACACAAAGAGGUUCUAGAAGUUUCUGUCACAAAAACAAAACCACCUUUUUACUUUGGGAUGAAUUUUGUGGACUUUUAAAAAUGUUUAAGGGAAGAAUAAAAAAUAAAUAAAUGUGUGUAUGUAUGUAUAUAUACAUUAACAUUUGAGGAAUCUUAUCAUUUUAUUAUAAAUAAAGUUGAAACACUUUUUUUAUUUGCUGUUUCACUGUCAGUUUCACUUUUGUGUUUGGUUAGAAACAACACUUGAUAGCAAAAUAUAAUAUAUUUAUAUAUUUUAAAAUAUAAGUAUAUUAUAUUUUGUUUGUUUUAAAUUAAUCUAUUUACUGAUUUUCAGUAGAAAAACUCACCUAAAGUUGUGAGGACGAGCACAUAGAGUAGCUUUCUGUCACAUGACAGUUCUCUGACGUCAUUACGUAAGACGUCGCGGGAGGGACCGCUUAAGUCUUUAAAAGUGGAAGGAGGAGUAAUAACCUGUAGCUGGUGGAGGAGCAAGGUGUCACUUGGAGCAUAUUUGUGCCUCUUUUUACUCGAUUGGACCUAAACCAACAUGGCGAACGGACACGUGGAAAUCCACAACCCCUUCUCCAGCCUGGAUGGCACCACAGACCUUAAACCUACCUCAGACUCCGACAGCAUGGAGGACACGGUGGAGCUCAGGCUCCUCAUGGCCUACGACAAGAGGAGACGACCUCGGAGGGAGUCUCCUCAGAAGGAGUCUCCUUCACAGGACGUCUUGGUGUUAUCCAGUGGCCUCGACGCAAACGAGUCGUCCUCACCUCAGACGCUGGACAAGACGGAGGAGAAGAAGAAGAAGAAGAAGAGGAGUAUGAAGCGAUGGAGACGAAGCAUUUUCAGCUGUAUCAAACCUCAGAGGGAAGACAAAGAACAGAGAAAAAGUAAUGAGAAACUGCCUAACAAUGACGACAGAAGUAGUCCUGUGUGUGUAGAGAAGGAUGAGUUGACAGAGGCGGCAAAUAAACUGACGAAGAUCGCUGAUGAAAUCCAGUUCCUUCCUCCAGAAAUAGAGCCCGACUCGCCAGAAGAUGAGAAUGUGGAGAAAAUGAUCGGCCUGCUGCUGAGAGACGCUGGAGACCGGCUCAACGAGAAGGAGCUGAAAGACGCCGCUAUCGCCACGGAGCUUUUCCGGGACUACGGUUUCUUUAAGCUGCUGAUGUCGACUCUUCUCUUGAGGAUGGGCCUCAAGAGCCUCCACCCAGACUCUCCGGGGCCCAAAGCAUCGCCCGAAACCCAGAUCGCCGUCGCCUGUGAGGUCACCAGUCGUCUGUCGGAGGUGAUGUCGCUGCCCAGGAACCGACUGCUGGACCACGGAGCCAGAUACCUGCAGCAUUAUUACUCCCCCUGGGUUCAGCAGCAGGGCGGAUACGCGAAAGCCUUCUACAGUGACGAUGAGGACGACGAGUGAGCAGGAAGUCGUUUGAGUUCCUUCAAAGACUCGAGAUGCAUUUUACUUUUCUGCCACCGUUUCAGUUUACACGCCCGUGAACUGCUGACGAGCAGCAACACACCUGCACCCUCGCAUGCAUCAUGAAUAAUAGUGUUCAGGUCUGUUUUGUGCCAUUUCCUCUUAAGACUCUGAGCCAAAGACAAAACUGUUUCUGUGUCAUUGAUAUUAUAUAUAUAUAUUGAUCAUUAUAUAUGACUUGAUUUAAAGAAAACAUAAUAAUCGUGUUUCAGGGAAAUAUAGGAUAGCUAUCGUAAUUUUAAAUCGGCAUUGUUUGUGCUGGAAUUUGGUGGAUAAAAACAAUGUUUUUUUUGUUUUUUUUUAGCAUUUGCACUUUUUCAUGAAAAUUAAUUUAAAUGUU